ACGACCGCGGCACGACCCCGCCGGCGGCGACGACGCUGGUGGCGGCGACGACCAACCCAUGGAACCGGACACCACGCCCGACCCCAUGCACCUCCAAGUAUGCACUAUCAGCGUCACUAGCCUCGCCAAGUCCCGCCUGACCACCAUCCUGUCCUCCCCAGACACGAUGGCAGCUGGCACUGUGUCCCUGCAGGAGAUCCGCCAGCGGGAGCUUCGCCCCAGGUGGGUCCUCCGCCACGCCACGAGCCUCGGUUGGAUCGCCUGCUCCGACCCUCCCCCUGCCGCCAGGGGCGCCAUCGCCGCUGUUCGCCAAGGGGGGUGCGCCAUGCUCUGGCGACGCUCACUGGGCCGUGUCCACGUUGUCCGGGACACGAUGCUCGGGCACAGGAUGGUGGGUAUUCGCACGGCACACGCAACUGUCCUCUCGACCUACGGCCCCGCCGAGCUCGACCGCGACUGUUUCCACCGCAGUUUCACCUUCUGUCGCGCGCUCGGCCACCUCGGCCACCCAAUCUUCGUCGUUGGGGACCUGAACUGGCGCCCCACCUACGCAGGGGUCAUCGGACACGGCUGGCGCCUCGACACCGCCGCCGACGGCUCACCAUCAACCUCGGCCACGGUGAAUACCUGCCCGACGCGCGCCCUUUUCUGGGCAAGCCCCGACGCCGGACCACCACUUCAUACCGACACCACGCUCUUGGCUGGCAUUCCACUCUGCGGCCUCGUCAGCUACGCGCUCAACGUCCCGUGCACGGAACAAACCACCCACCGCCUCCGACGGACCGCUCCCUACGUUCCGGCCCGCGACGCUCCUCCCGAAGAGACAGCUCUCAUGCAGGAACUGGUUGAUUUGGAACUUGGUAAUCCCCUGAUUUCCGGCGACGACGACAGCAACCCGCCGCUAUCGGACCGAUGGGACUACUGGCACCUACGCGCCGAACAGGCGAUGCUAGUGGCAGUCGACCGCGGCUGCAUGCAGCUCGACCAUCUGGCCGAACGGCCCAAGGGCUCCAAGCCCACGACUCGGCGCACCUCGCAUUCACAGGCGCACCGACUGGACCAGUCGAUGGCCCUCCGACGCCUGCUACGCCUCCACAGGGCCCUCGCAGAACACCUGCGCCAGGGGGGCCGAAGCGACGACUACCUCACGCCGAGGCACCGCCGUUCGGUAGCCCAUGCGGCCCUCGACGGCAUCCUCAACGCGCAAGCCCGCGGCACCCCGUGCUACUCCGACGCCCCCCACUGGAUCUCCCAGGCGACCUCGGCGGCGCAAGCCCGUCUCCAGGACGGGGCUAACCGCCGGUGGCGACAGAGAUUCGCCACCUGGAGCAACGACCUCUGA